GCGGGCGGGGCGGGGCGGCGACCCGGCGACUCGGGAGGCGGGGCCGCGGGGCGGAGGGGCGGAGGGGCGCCCCGCGCUGCGCCCCCACCACUCGCGCCGCCUCCUACCUGGGCCUGUGCGUGGAGCCGCGCACCUGGCAACGGGCGGCUCGCGCCCCCUCCGCCCCGCCGCGCCCGCCCGGCUCCCGGCGCGCUGCAGGCGGCCUCGAGCGCCCGCUCGUUGAUGCCGUUUUGGGGGUGACCCGGCGGGCGGCGCCGGUGCCCGACGGCGAGUGCGCGGCCGGCGGGGCGCCGGGACCCCGCGCGCAGCUCGGCUUUUUUUUUUGGGGGGGGGGGGCGGUCCGCGCGGAAGCGGGACAUGCUGGAGCUGAGGCACCGCGGAGGCUGCCCCGGGCCCGGGGGACCCCCCGCUCCGCCCCGCGAGGGCGAGGCGGCGGGCGGCGACCACGAAACCGAGAGCACCAGCGACAAAGAAACAGAUAUUGAUGACCGAUAUGGGGAUUUGGAUUCCAGACCCGACUCUGAUAUUCCAGAAAUCCCACCAUCUGCGGAUAGAACGCCUGAGAUCCUCAAGAAGGCUCUGUCCGGUUUAUCUUCACGGUGGAAAAACUGGUGGAUUCGUGGAAUUCUUACCCUGACUAUGAUUUCAUUGUUUUUCCUGAUCAUCUGCAUGGGAUCUUUUAUGCUGAUGCUGCUUGUCCUGGGCAUCCAAGUGAAAUGCUUCCAUGAAAUCAUCACGAUCGGCUACAGAGUUUAUCGUUCUUACGACCUGCCGUGGUUCAGAACACUGAGCUGGUAUUUUCUCCUGUGUGUCAACUACUUUUUCUAUGGUGAGACUGUAGCUGAUUAUUUUGCUACCUUUGUUCAAAGAGAAGAGCAGCUGCAGUUCCUCAUCCGCUACCACAGAUUCAUAUCAUUUGCCCUCUACCUGGCAGGUUUCUGCAUGUUUGUGCUGAGCUUGGUGAAAAAGCAUUAUCGCCUGCAGUUUUAUAUGUUCGCAUGGACUCAUGUCACUUUGCUGAUAACAGUCACGCAGUCACAUCUUGUCAUCCAAAAUCUGUUUGAAGGCAUGAUAUGGUUCCUUGUCCCAAUAUCAAGUGUUAUCUGCAAUGACAUAACUGCUUACCUUUUUGGAUUUUUUUUUGGAAGAACUCCAUUAAUUAAGUUGUCUCCUAAAAAGACUUGGGAAGGAUUCAUUGGUGGUUUCUUUUCCACAGUCAUAUUUGGAUUCAUUGCUGCCCACGUGUUGUCCAAGUACCAGUACUUCGUCUGCCCCGUGGAAUACCGAAGUGACGUCAACUCCUUCGUGACAGAGUGUGAACCCUCGGAGCUGUUCCAGCUUCAGGACUAUUCCCUCCCCCCCUUCCUCAGGGCAGUGCUGAGAAGGGACUCGGUGAGCCUGUGCCCCUUCCAGAUCCACAGCAUCGCGCUCUCCACUUUCGCCUCUCUCAUCGGCCCGUUCGGCGGCUUCUUUGCCAGCGGAUUCAAAAGAGCUUUCAAGAUCAAGGAUUUUGCAAACACCAUCCCUGGACAUGGCGGAAUAAUGGACAGAUUUGACUGUCAGUAUUUGAUGGCAACAUUUGUGCAUGUAUACAUCACAAGUUUUAUAAGAGGCCCCAACCCCAGCAAAGUGCUCCAGCAGCUUCUGGUGCUUCAGCCCGAACAGCAGCUAAACAUCUACAAGACCCUGAAGACGCACCUCAUCGAGAAGGGGAUCCUGCAGCCCACCUUGAAGGUGUAGCUGCGCGCAGGGCGGGGAAGGGCUGACAAGAGUGAAUUCUACAGAAGAGCACUGAGAUUUUAUACCUGUACAGAAAGGAAUGGUGGGAAAGGCAAUAGAUUGAAGUUUUACAGACGUGAAUGUUUCCUCUCUGAAAUUACUGUGAAUAUUUAACACAACGCUUACUUGAGCUAAGUUAUGAAAUAAGUAGCCAGCAGCCGGCAGAAUAGCCUGUACUUUGUCUAAAGUGUGUUCUCUGGCGUGGACUUCCUUCCCCUCCACACUAGCUUUCAUAACUCUGCAAGACUCGUGUUUAAAGAGUCAAACACGAUCGAAUGAGUGAAGCGCGGAUGUCUUAAGAUUGCACCUGGCAGUGUGUCCUUUGCACAAAUAUUUACUUUUGCACUUGGAGCUGCUCUUAUUUUUAGCAAAAUAUUUUAUGUUAAGGCACAAUAGGAAGUUAGUGCUCUCCCGUACUUCCUCUUCUUUGCGUCUGAAGUACUUGCUGAAGGAAGGACUGAGUUGGAUUUAAAAAAAAAAAAAAAAGAUUUGUCUACUUUUAAAAAAUUGAAAAAAAAAAAAAAAAGCAGUCACUUGCCAGGAGAAAAUUUUCCACCUUCUGGUUGGUUCAAAAUUCAGGCAAGAGGGGCAGAGAGCAGACAACAAACUUAUUUAGAUUAUUUGGAAAAAGUACGACCUUGCAGAAACACUUCUCGAGAGACAGACGAGUUCUGCUCUGCAGAACACAGUGUGUUGCGGGGGUGGGCUUUGUUUUGGCUUGGGGGCCACACCCAGCCGUGCUCAGGGGUUCUCAGGCUCUGCACCUAGACAUUACUCCCCGCAGGGCUCAGGGGACCAGAUGUGGUGCCGGGGACCGGACCUGGGUCGGCCGCGUGCAAGGCCCACGCGCUCCCCGCUGCCCUAUCGCUCCAGCCCCUUCCCCGCCCCCACCGAAGCUCUCAACAGAGAGCGGCAGCUCAGGACACUUGGCCUCCGACGGGGCGUGGGGCUCAGGCCACGACUCGGUCGUCUCUGUUUUGUGAGAUUCCCUUGGGAACUGCUUUCCCCGAGUUGCGGAGCCUCAAGCCUGUGGGGCAGACAGAGAGGAGUGAGCAGGGGGGAGUUUGGCCAGGAGAGAGCAGGCGCCCCCUGCUGGCACGCGUGUACCCAGCGGACCCUACCGGGGAGAAGGGAGAGCCAGACCCCAGACCCACCUGGGGGUAGCGACCGGUCUUUGUCCUUUGUAUUCUACAAUCCUGGAACUCUCACAUCAUGAAUCUGAGGCCGUCAGCUGGAUUUGGAGGUUUUUUGGUGUUUUUUUGUUUUGUUUUGGUUUUUUGCUUCCAAGAAGGAAAAUCAAGCGGGAGUGAUUUCCACCAAGAACCAAAGCACACACACGCCAGCCCCGUCCCCCUGGUGGAAUGGACUCUGCACGGUCUCGAAAGGGCGAGGAAGGGCAGCCAAGCACGCUCGGGGCCGAGCCGCGGGGCCGUCUGCACUGCCCCAUCGACAGCCCCUGCCGGGCCGGGCUCGCUGUCCAGAGACAGGAGCAGGUCUGUCCGAAAGAACGUUUUGUCCGUGAGAGGCGAGUGUCGUGCGUGUCAACGAGAAGCAGGUCCCAGGCCUCUGCUGCGCCCGUUCUUGGGCGGUGCCCGCGGUGGAGGGGGGCGGCCGUGCCCCAGAGCUCCCGGGCCACGGGGGAGACUCUAGCUCAGUCUCUGGGGUCGAAUGUCUUGAGCUGGCAAACACGCAAGUCUCCCCCCGGCCCCUGGCUGCGUCCCGUCAGCAUGGCUGCACGGGAGUCUGCGGACACCUCGGUGUGGCACCGGCGAUGUUAACUGUGGGAUGGAACCGUCGCUGGGAACCUCAGGCUGCUCAUCUCCAGCAUUUCCCGCCGAUGUUUGCCUCAGUAGAAGCUCCGGGUGUUGGUCCUGAAAACACUCAGCACACCAAAGUGGGGAGAAUGAACCGCAAGCUUUGUGAUUGGAACCUGGCUGGCGCUGAGGUGGUCCGCACAAGAACUCCGUGGCCGUAGCGACCCCCUCCAUGCUUUCUUCUCUAAAGUAACGGGUGCGGCAUGGCAGUACCAGAUUUCAAAAGAGCACUCCUCGGUACAGCUAUUAUUCAAUCACUCAUUAUAAUGAAAUUUGAAGCUAAGAAGAGUAAUUUGGGGCGAGGGGGGGGAGGGCGGUCCUAGCAAUAGUUUUCCUCGAACUUUUAGAUAAAGUUGGGCGUACAUGAAUCUGUCUGUAAAAAAAACCAAAUUCUUCAUUUUAACUCGAGAUGGACCUUUUUAGUGUACUUUUAUAGCACAUAUAUUAAAAUAGAGUCUAUUUUAGCAAAAGAUUGCAUAACAGCAUAACUUUGAUCGUUUUUUUAUAUUUGCUGAAGAGGAGACUUCCGCGCCUGCCCAGCGCAGGACGGCAGAGAAGUGAAAGACGAGGAGCUUCUUUCACAGUGAAGGCUCGGAAGGUUCCAGACCUCCUGUUUGUGCGAGUGCUCCAGCGGCACUGAGAGCUGAAGGUGGGGGUGCGGGGGUGUGCUCUCGGCUCGCUCGCAGUUACUGUCCGAGAAUACGACCCCCCCUCCUCCGCCUCCCCACCCCUUCCACCCCCCACCCCACACUUCUCUCUUUUCUUUUGUACCUUGGUUUGGACAAAGGGGGUGGUGACCCCCUUGUUCGGUGGAAGGAAGUAGAGACCGUGUGUAUAUUCUGUGUGUGGGCGCCAGACAGUGUCUGAUCUGAGUCAACCGACUCUGAAUCUUUCACCGAAACUGAGAUGGGGAAAUAAAAAUGGAAAGAUAUCGA